CAAAGACGAGGCGAGCUGGUGUUUUUCCACUCAGCAGGAUGGGUGAUGCUCGGCGCUCGCUCAUUAGACAACAGACACGAGAGGUCAGGAAGAAAGCGCUUAUAAAUUACCGUUUCCUCCCUCGCAGCCCUGUUAGUCCGCCUUGGCACUCUCCCCGGGACACACGGGACAGACCCACGGGCAGCUAAGGCGCUGGACAGAUACCUGGUCAGAGGGGUGCCGCUGCUACAGGAAGAGAAAAUCCAUUCUGGAGAGACUCUUCUUCAUUGCCUCACCCUAUGGAGGAACCAGCACUGCCCAUCCGCAUUGAGGAGGGGACAGAAGUUCCAACGGAAAGCAAAAACAUGGCAACCAAGGAGAAACUGCAGUGUCUGAAAGAUUUCCACAAGGACAUUCUCAAACCUUCCCCUGGCAAGAGCCCUGGGACACGCCCUGAGGAUGAGGCAGAGGGGAAGCCACCACAGCGUGAAAAGUGGGCCAGCAAGAUUGACUUUCUGUUGUCUGUGGCUGGAGGAUUUAUUGGAUUAGGCAAUGUUUGGCGAUUUCCGUAUCUCUGCUACAAAAAUGGCGGAGGUGCAUUUCUCAUACCUUAUUUCAUUUUUCUGUUUGGGGGAGGUCUUCCUGUGUUUUUCCUGGAGGUGGCACUAGGACAGUAUACCUCCGAAGGAGGAAUUACAUGCUGGGAAAAGAUCUGCCCUAUCUUCACCGGAAUAGGUUAUGCUUCCAUAGUGAUCGUGUCGCUUUUGAAUGUGUAUUACAUCAUCAUCCUGGCUUGGGGACUGUACUAUCUAUUCCACUCUUUUACGAGUAAGCUGCCUUGGGCUUUCUGCGACCAAGAGUGGAACACAAAAAACUGCAUAGAAGACACUCUCAGGAAGAACAAAACCCUCUGGUUGUCACUGAAUACCACUAACUUCACUUCUCCUGUGACAGAGUUUUGGGAGCACAACGUAUUGAGCUUGUCUUCAGGAAUUGAUGAGCCUGGUGUUGUCAAGUGGGACCUGGCACUAUGUCUCCUCCUUGUCUGGGUGAUAUGUUUCUUUUGCAUUUGGAAAGGUGUAAAGUCCACUGGGAAAGUUGUGUACAUAACAGCAACAUUCCCAUUCAUCAUGCUUCUUGUACUGUUAAUCCGUGGUGUCACUUUACCUGGAGCUUCAACGGGCAUCAAAUUUUAUCUUUACCCUGACAUCUCUCGGCUAACAGAUCCACAGGUCUGGAUAGAUGCUGGGACGCAAAUCUUCUUCUCCUAUGCAAUCUGCUUAGGUGCAAUGACUUCCUUGGGGAGCUACAAUAAAUACAAAUACAACUGCUAUAGGGACUGUUUGCUGCUGGGAUGCCUGAACAGUGGUACCAGUUUUGUGUCUGGCUUCGCAAUUUUUUCCGUCCUGGGCUUCAUGGCACAAGAGCAAGGGGUGGACAUUGCUGAUGUGGCAGAGUCAGGUCCAGGCCUGGCCUUUAUUGCCUAUCCGAAAGCUGUGUCCAUGAUGCCACUCCCAACUUUUUGGGCUAUUCUUUUUUUUAUUAUGCUUCUGUUGCUUGGCCUGGACAGCCAGUUUGUUGAAGUUGAAGGACAGAUCACGUCAUUAGUUGAUCUGUACCCAUCCUUCCUAAGGAAGGGUUACCGACGGGAAAUCUUCAUCGCUAUAAUAUGUUUCGUCAGCUAUCUUCUGGGACUAUCUAUGGUGACUGAAGGUGGCAUGUAUGUGUUUCAACUCUUUGACUACUAUGCAGCUAGUGGUGUAUGCCUUUUGUGGGUUGCAUUCUUUGAAUGCAUUGCUGUAGCCUGGGUUUAUGGCGCUGAUAAUUUUUACGAUGCCAUUGAAGAUAUGAUUGGUUACAGGCCCGGUCCCUGGAUGAAGUGGAGCUGGAUUAUAAUCACACCAGUUCUCUGUGUGGGGUGCUUUAUCUUUUCUCUGGCCAAGUAUACACCACUGACCUACAACAAGGUGUACAUAUAUCCUCAGUGGGCCAUUGGCCUGGGGUGGAUUCUUGCCCUCUCUUCUAUGGUCUGCAUCCCGCUUGUAAUGCUUAUCCGUAUUCUACAGUCCGAUGGCUCUCUCAUUGAGAGGGUGAAGACAGUGGCUGCCCCUCGUGAGAUAACUCGGUGGGAGAAAGAAACAGAGAGUGCUGCCCCCUUCUGCCCUCCUGGAAUGGCCAAUGGAGAACUGAUCAAGCCAACUCAUAUCAUCGUGGAGACAAUGAUGUGAGCUCUCUCUAUGAGAGGAAGACGCCUGCUUUAAAACUGCCGUUUACUAACCAUAGAAUCUCUCAUAGGACCAGGUUUACAGAGCUUUAUAUUUGCACUAGGAUUUAUUUUUAUUUCUCACAGAGAAAGUUAUUUUUUGUGUGUUCAGUUUUUAUUUUUUAAUAUUUUGUAAAGUAAAUCACAGUGGAUGCCUCUCGCUCUAUUUAGAGGCAGAGCUUUCAUAUCAAAUUAGGCACACUGCAGGAAUUUACUAAUUUUCUCUCUCUCCACACAACAUAUCUAUCUAACACCUAUUCAUGAUACCACUUUACCACUUGAGUUGAUUUUCUUGCCAGCAAUAUAUACAUGGGCUGCAAUCCUAUGCACAUUUUCUUGGGAUUAUGCCCCAUUGAACACAGUGGGACUUACUUCUGAGUAAACAUAUAUAGGAUUAUGCCAACACACAACAUAUAUAAAUAUAUGCAUAUACACGUUUCAAAUUUCUUUAGGUGCUGGUGUGGUUGCGAACAGGGUAAAACCAAAACUUAAGAAAGUGAAUAUCUCACUGGAGGCAUUUGCUUUUUUAAUGCUUAUGUUGUUUUAAGAAACUGGUUUUCAAAGGUGUGGCACUAUCUUCCUCUGGUUCAAGUGGGGAGAAUUAAAGCAGGAAAGGGUACAUGCUUUUAUGCUUAUUGUGGUCCAUGUAAAAUAUAGAGAGAUUGUAGAUAUAUAUUUGUGUGCUUGUAAUUGGAAAAGCUGCAAUAUGGGGUGGGAAUUGGGAGCAGUUGGGAACCAAGGGAACAAUCCACGCAGCAGCCAUCUCCCGAGUACGGUUUCUGUGCGAAAAGCCUGCAAGAGGGUGGCAAGGUCAUUCCUGCUUGGGUGGCAUUUUGCCGGGCAGUACCCUCUCAGGGCCACUUUCUACAUCCCACGAGUCCCGUCUUCCCUAAGCCAGUUCUGUGUCUAAUAUCCCAACACAGGCAGAGUUUAUAUGUAGACUUCUGAGAAAGACAUGCAGACCUUUGUGUUGCUCUACUACUAUUGUUGGUAUAGAAGGGUUUCUCUGAGAAGCCACCAUGUGUCCCAGAUCCCUUCUUGGGUUACUUUUUGAGACACAAGAGUAACUUAACAGGUCGGCGGAGUGGACUGAAGCAAAGUGAUGUGGGGAGUGGCCCGUCUUCCGCAGGCCGUACUCGAGAAAUGAUCUGGCUUUGACUUGAAUUUUCUUAGAAAGGUAGCUUGCUGUCAAAGAGCACGUAUAGAAGUGCAGCAUUUGCAAGGAUGCUGCAAAAGCACUGUGCAAUUCUGAAGCAUUUUUGAAACCCCAAACUUGCCAAAAUUUAUCAUUUCUAGUUCACAGAAAGGAGUGUUGGGCCUGUAUCAUUCAAAGCAGCGUAGUAGCAUAUCGGUCACUAUAAAACCUGAAAUGGACCUCUAGACCCACUGCUGAGGAAGCUACUGCAGCACAGGACUAUUCAGGACAUGCAGCUGAGUGAGAGAGAGAGAAAGAAGGAGAUGCAGGAGGCAGACUUAGAUCCUGAUCCUCACAGGCAUUUAAGUAGAGUCAUCAUUUGUAUCGUAUGGAGAUAAGGAAGCACAAGAAGAUGAAAUGAGCUACAAAGGCAUUUUAGUUUGGAUGAGGCAUGAAACAUCUGAACAAGAUUUUUCAUCAAUGAACUAAGCAUACAGAACUUUCCCACUUACCUCAGGAAUAAGGAUUUGCUUCUGGAAAUCUCACCUCAGUUUGACCAAGCCCUGGUUCUUAUGGAAGGUAAUAAGAUGAUGUUGGAUAAAGGCUCUUAGACCCUCCCAUAUGGGCAUUGAUCUUGGGGGAGGUGGUGCCCCCUUUUAAGUGAGUAUUGGCACUAAACGCAAUAUGGGCAGGAUUGUAAGCCAGAAAUGGCAGCAAAGCCUUUACCUGAGUACCUGUAGCCAGUUUAGUCUGUCAGUGACAGAUACUGUAGUUUAAACUGGAACCUAGCCAGUAUUUAAAAACAUUCCUAAUUACAUUUUUUUUAAAGAAAACCUAAGAAAAUGUCUACGUGUGUCCCAUGCUCUCAUUGGCCACAGCGUAUUGGCUUUACAAAUGCUUGCUAAGUCAUGUCAGGUUUUAUAUGAAAUGGAAACAACAACUUUAAAUAAAAAAGGACCAAAGCACAGUUAUUUCAAGUUUCUUGUAUUAGCUGACUUUUUUUUUUUUUAAGGUAAGAGUCUCAAAUUUAUUUUUGUGCGAGGGAACUGAACUUUGAGUACACACAGGUGGCCAGGGUCAGGGCUUUCAUUUUCCAGUGACCAUCCUACUGGAAGAGCCUUAAGCCAAACACUUCCAUAAUAUGUGAUGACAUGAUAGCAUCAUUCUCAAAUCCUAGCCCCUACCAGCUGAAAAGCUUAACCUGGAGGGCUAAGGCAGCCAAGGGAAAGCUGACCUCUCUCAUCCAAGCCUCAUUGCUAGCCAAAGUAGGACUCCAAUUUAAUAAGCACAGGUCAGACUUGUAUUGUCUCUUUUCAUGCUAUUGGGGAGCAAUGAGGAGUUAGGCCAGAAGCAGAUCUUAACUGAAUUCCCUUGACUCUCCCUGGUGCACAUUGACCUAAAUACGGUGCAGUGUAUAUUUUGAUAAGCAAGUAAAUAAAUGAGUUCAGGCUUUCCAAAGCAGCUGAUGAUCCCAGUGCAAAUA